AUGUCCGAGGCAUCGCCCGAUUCGCCCACUCACCUAGAACAACCCACCAAGUCCACGAAGGUGGAGGAGCCAGGAGCUGAGGACACAGGGGCUAUAUGGGGCUUAAAGCUUCCAACAGUGACGAUGACCAUUUUUCGGAUGCCAGUGAAGGCCAUACAUAUUUACAAUCAAGCCCACAGUCGGGCAAUACUUCCCCUGUCCCGCGAACACGAGUAG